AACAUGGCUGGGGCUGGGGCAAGGGAAGCGUCGCUCCGCUUCCUGCUGAUGAUGAGUGCGGGGGGUGAUCCUUUCCCUGCACUCGCUGGCGGCAGGAAGCGGAGCGCCAUGGCUGGGAUUUGGCAGAGUAGAGUGGUCUGGGUUGCUCCACUUCCUGCCACUGCUGUUUCUUUCAGGCAUCUCUUUGGGGUGGAGAGGCCAUCUCUUGAGCCAGCUGAAGACAAAAUGGAGGGGUUUCCAGGGCCUUUUAUAGUCUCUCUCUUGUUGCCGGAAACCCCUUUGUUCUUCUGUGCAAAGUCAAAGCAACAAGAUGGAGUUUGUAGCCACCUGGCAAGUCACCUGUCCGUGAAUGAUUCAACUUUUUGCAGGCCGAUGCAAUUGUUUACAUGUUAGUUUGAACAUUCCCAGGAAAGCUCAGAUGUGGAUUGGCAUCUUCCAAAGUCCAUUGUCAGUUAAGUGUUUCUUGAUUUGGCACUUACUGAGAAUAGUCCUUUCUCAAGAAGCUGACCAAAUGCUUCACUUAGGCUAGUUAGAAUCAAACACAUUGAGAUACAAGUACAUAGUCAAUAUUCAUAACUUCAGAUACAAAAAUGAUACAUACCAGCAGCAUAAUCGUAACCAGCAAACUACCACCUUUCCAUAGACACCCCAUUUGACCUCCUCUGUAUAAGACCUGGUGCAACCAUAGGACCCUGGUUGCAAUAAUGAUCUGAACGGUCACAGUUCAUGUCCGUUAUGUCACAGGAGGUUCCAAAGAGGCUGGAGCUCGGCUGUUCUCAGCGGUGGCAGAUGACAGAACAAGGAGCAAUGGUCUCAAAUUGCAGUGGGGGAGGUCUAGGUUGGAUAUUAGGAAACACUAUUUCACUAGGAGGGUGGUGAAACACUGGAAUGCGUUACCUAGGGAGAUGGUGGAAUCUCCAUCCUUAGAGGUUUUUAAGGUCAGGCUUGACAGAGCCCUGGCUGGGAUGAUUUAGGUGGGGUUGGUCCUGCUUUGAGCAGGGGGUUGGACUAGGUGACCUCCCGAGGUCUCUCCCAGCCCUAAUCUUCUAUGAAAUGUAUUAUUUUAAUAAUUUUAAUGUGUAACACUGUUACGUGCAGCAAAACUAGAACCUAGCAAUCAAAAAGGGGUAGGGGGAGUGGGACCUGCCAAGCAGCAUCUCGCCCCCUCCCCCGCCCCGGCAAGGAGCUCAGUGGCCUUCUGCGCACUAAUCCCACCAGUAAUCUGGGGCCCCAGCCUCCCCCACACCAUAGAGUCCGGAGGACCCGACGCUAGUCAGGCCCCAAUGAGCCCAUCUCGACGCCUCCUCCAGCUUCUCGCUACCACAGAGCCCGAGCAGUCCCGAGCUCCACACCAUAGAGUCCGGAGGACCCGAGGCUAGACAGGCCCCAGUGAGCUCAUCUCGCUUCUCGCUACCAAAGAGUCCCGGCGGCCCCGCGGGUAGAGCGGCCAGCGGGGGAAGCCGCUCCCUCUGGUCUCCACACCCAUAGAGUCUGGAGGCGCGGCGGAGCUGCUGUCCUCCCUGCGGGCCAGCGCUGGACACCACAGAGACCCGCGGGGCUGCGGCCAACUCCCAGCUCGCGCUCAACGGGGGAACCCCUCCGCUCUUUCCUUCCUUGGGGGACGCGUCACGUGAUGCUGGCCGCUGGGUGAGGCUGGUCCCUGCUGGUAUCUGCUCUGGACUCUCCCCAGGAAUCACUCCAGGCUGGGUUCUGAAGGAUGGAGCCCACGGAAGCAGCCCAGGCCCCUGAGGGGAGGAAGAGAUUCACCGUGCAGUCACAGGACCCUGAACAUACCAUGGUGAGACCCCUCUUCAAAUCUUCUUGCUCUGCAGCAGAGCCCAGGGCCCCUGCCCUGCCUGGGGCCACCUCCUAUGCUGAAUACGUCGUCACACAGGUCUCUGUGUCCUCGGCCUCCAUGCCAGUCUCCCCGCCUGCCAGGGUGACAGCUGCAUCAUCGGGGUCCAGAGCAGGAGCUGCCUCAGGAAUGCUCCCUCCAGGCAGUGAGGCCAGCACUGUACCCCCUGCUGCCAGUGGGGACUCAGACCCCAGUCCCAUGCUGAAACCGGGGGCCAAGAGCAACUGCAUCAUCGUCAGCGCUCGCCAGCGGGGGAACCCCAUCCUGAAAUUUGUGCGCAACGUUCCCUGGGAGUUUGGCGAGAUCAUCCCUGACUAUGUGCUGGGCCAGAGCACAUGUGCCCUCUUCCUGAGCCUGCGGUACCACAACCUGAACCCCAAAUACAUCCAUGAGCGGCUGCAGCUCCUGGGGAAGACGUACGCAGUGCAGGUGCUGCUGGUGCAGGUCGAUGUGAAGGACCCACACCAGUCACUGAAGGAACUGGCCAAGCUGUGCAUCCUGGCCGACUGCACCCUCAUCCUGGCCUGGAGCCCCGAAGAGGCCGGUCGCUACCUGGAAACGUACAAAGCCUACGAGCAGAAACCAGCUGACCUGCUCAAGGAGAAGGUGGAUCAGGACUUCCUGUCCAUAGUGACAGAUUGUCUGACCAGCGUGAAGUCAGUUAACAAGACGGACACACUGAGCCUUCUCUCAACGUUUGGGUCUCUGGCGAACAUUGCACAAGCAUCCAAGGAGGAUCUCUCCCUCUGCCCAGGCAUCGGGCCCCAGAAGGCCAAGAGGCUCUUUGACACCCUCCACGAGCCCUUUCUGAAGAUACCCAAAUGAGCGGAGCCACUCCCCUACAGCACUGCCAGCAGCACAGACAAGCAGGAAUGAACAACCCCCCUUUCCCAGCAGGCCACAUGUCCCUGCCAGCAUGCCGUAUGCUGUCUGCCAGGAAGCCAGGGCCUCGGGGGACACGUAGCAGCACCAGGAACCAAAGCCCAGCUGUUUCUGCGAGUCUGGACUUCGACAAUAAAGCUGCAGUUGGGCCUGGCCACCAAACAGCAUCUCAUGCGGGUUUGGCUCAUGGAGUCCUCCUGCCCAAGCUGUGUCUGCCUGCAGGGAGUGGGGGGCUCAUCAAACCUCCCUGCCAGGGGCCAGAUGAUGGGUAAAGCAGAAACUUGGACACAGCCCCACCUGGUAGCUGGACAGGAGUUUUUGGCAUCUAGGCUCCCCACGUCCUCCCGGGGAGGGGUGCUGGCUGGCUCAGGAAUCUCAGCCUGGGGAAGUAUGAGGGAGCUGUUCCAAUCCCCUCCACCCACUGCACUGACAGCAUGCGUUGUAGCCUGCAGCCUCAAGGGCAUGCACUGCAGGUGCAGGAAUCCAUGCCAACCUGGCACUCCCUGCGCAUAUGUGGAGGAGUCCCCUGCUGGGGACCCUCCCAGCCCCUUCCCUUGCCCCACUGCCACAUGGAAGGAGCAGCCAAUAGCUUCUAGUGCAGCCAGGGGAGAUUUGCUAGAGCAAGGACUCCAGGUCUCUGGGUUUAGAGCACUGCCUUGAUGCCAGGAGCUGGAGUGGGGGUGGGGAAAGCUGCUCACCUUUCUGUGUGUUACGGCCCCAGCAGGGAGCUGUCAGUUCCGUAGAGUAAGUGCUAUGGCCUCAGCUUUGAAACAGUCUGCAGGAGGAAACCUUAUAGGGGGUCUGACUCUUCCUCCAGGGCUAGCCCUGUGGCUUCACCAUCUCCUUAGACUGGGCUUCUGGGCCUUCAGCACCCCUGCUUCACCCCAUGAGCUCCCUUCAGCACGUCCCACUGAGGCAGACCCCUGAAGGAGACGUGCACAUUUUCCAAGGAUCAGUACACCUCUGCAAGCCACUCACAACGCUUUCAAACCAGGAGGGGUUAGUAGCCAUGUGGAACACAGCAUAGGAAGUCCUUAGGUUAGCAGAGAGAAGUGUAGGUUAGAGCAGUGGUUUUCAAACUGUGGGACCGGGUUGCGGAACGUAAAGCACCGGGUCAUGGUGGCUCUGGUCAGCACCACCAACGGGGCCAUUAAAAGUCCCCUCCGUGGUGCUGCCUGGAUAAGGCAGACUAGUCCCUGCCUGUUCUGACCCCACGCUGCGCCCCGGAAGCAACCAGCCGCAGGUCUGGCUUCUAGGCGGGGAGGGCCACAGGGCUCCAUAUGCUGCCUCCGCCCCGAGCACCGGCUCUGCACUCCCAUUGGCCAAUUUCCGGGCAAUGGGAGCUGCGGGGGAGGAGGGGGGUGUGCCUGCACCUCCGCCUAGGAGCUGGACCUGCUGCUGGCCACUUCCGGGGUGCAGUGCAGUCCGCAGUGCCAGGACAGGCAGGAAGCCUGCCUUAGCACCCCCGCUGUGCUGCUGACGGGGAGCCACCCGAGGUAAGCCCGCACCCCAAUCCCCUGCCCCAGCCAUGCCCCCCCCCAAACCCAGGGCCCCUUCCUGCACCCCAAACUCCUCAUCCCCGGCCCCACCCCAAAGCCCUCACCCCAACCCUCUGCUCCAGCCCUGAGCCCCUCCCAAACCCCUCAUCCCCAGCUCUGUUGGGUUAUGGGCAUCAACAAUUUUUUCUGGCAACCCAGUUGAAGAAAAAGUUUGAAAACCACUGGGUUGAAGCAUAGUCCAUAGGGGGGUAACCAGAGCCCCGCCAAGCUAUAGUGAAUCCCCUUGUUCAAGCUCUGUUGUCCCACACGCCCCAUCAGACUCCAGGUGUGCCCCUAAGAGCUUCCCACAGGCUCCACUUAGCCCCCACCUCGCCAAGCUGGGGAGUCUGUUUCUCUCUGGGUCCUUGGUUGCUAGGUGUCAGUGUCCAGGCCCCUGGAUCUGCUAUUGUCUGCUCAGAUGCUCCACCAAUAGGGUCUAUGCACCCAAUGCACCGCUACAGACUAGGGACCGAAUGGCUAGGCAGCAGUUCUGCGGAAAAGGACCUAGGGGUUACAGUGGAUGAGAAGCUGGAUAUGAGUCAGCAGUGUGCCCUUGUUGCCAAGAAGGCCAAUGGCAUUUUGGGAUGUAUAAGUAGGGGCAUAGCGAGCAGAUCGAGGGACGUGAUCGUCCCCCUCUAUUCGGCAUUGGUGAGGCCUCAUCUGGAGUACUGUGUCCAGUUUUGGGCCCCACACUACAAGAACGAUGUGGAUAAAUUGGAGAGAGUCCAGCGAAGGGCAACAAAAAUGAUUAGGGGUCUGGAACACAUGACUUAUGAGGAGAGCCUGAGGGAACUGGGAUUGUUUAGUCUGCAGAAGAGAAGAAUGAGGGGGGAUUUGAUAGCUGCUUUCAACUACCUGAAAGGGGGUUCCAAAGAAGAUGGAUCUAGACCGUUCUCAGUGGUAGCUGAUGACAGGACAAGGAGUAAUGGUCUCAAGUUGCAGUGGGGGAGGUUUAGGUUGGAUAUUAGGAGAAACUUUUUCACUAGGAGGGUGGUGAAACACUGGAAUGCAUUACCUAGGGAGGUGGUGGAAUCUCCUUCCUUAGAAGUUUUUAAGGUCAGGCUUGACAAAGCCCUGGCUGGGAUGAUUUAAUUGGGGAUUGGUCCUGCAUUGAGCAGGGGGUUGGACUAGAUACCUCCUGAGGUCCCUUCCAACCCUGAUAUUCUAUGAUUCUAUGUGGGCCUCAAUCAGCCUAACAACUGGUUACUAUUCACCCCUGUGGCUUACCCUGCCCUGGGAGCAAACAGUCCCUUUCCACCCAUGGGGGAAACUGAAGCACAAGCAGGCCUUCUAAAACUAUUACAAAAAAUCCCCAUUUUGUCUCAGGAGUCACUAACUCCAACCAUGGCCACUGCCAGACACCACGGUCCCCCACACACCAGGGAGCUGUUCAAGCUGCCAGACCUGAGAGAAGGGCAGUGGCUGGGGCAAGUCACAGGCAUCAUGGGAGCAGCGUAAGGCUCCAGGGACAGCUCCAGAACCAGGGCUGAAACAAGUGGAUGGUUGCAGGAGGGGACCUCUCAAUUCCAGCACACGGUACACUAUAACAGCAUCCCAGGUUUAACUCACAAAGUUACACCGACGGAGCGGUAGGGUUUAAAUGAGGCAAGUUAAAUAAAAUACCUCCUGUUAGCUUGG